AUGCUCGCAGGAUUCUUCUUCUUCCUCCUGCUGCUCCUCACCGGUGGCGUCCCCGCUGACAGAGUGUGUUCCUACAACCAAGUGUUGGAGCACCUGAACAUCAGCGCAGACCAGACCUUGUACUCCAUGACACGACCUGUCAGAGACCACACCAAGACCACCGUGGUGACCUUGGAGGUCAUCCUCUAUGCCAUCCUCGACGUGAGAGAGUUGGACCAGACCUUCAUUCCUUACGUUUGGAUUUUCACGAGUUGGCAGAACGAUCACAUCUCCUGGAAGCCGCAGGACUUCUGUGGCAUCGAGAACAUCACUCUUCCCAACCAGCUCUUGUGGAAGCCUGAUCUCACCAUUGAGGAGAUGAUAGAGAAGGACAAGGCCCCCCCCAGCCCUCACCUCACCAUCUCCAGCAGUGGGCAGGUGUGGGUGCAGGACGGCCAGGUGCUGCCCAGCACCUGCAGGAUGCACAUCUACAAGUUCCCCUUCGACAUUCAGAGCUGUGACCUCUCCUUCAAGUCCGUGGUCCACUCCGUCCAGGAGAUCCGGCUGCUGCACUCGCUGAGCUCGGCCGAGGCCACCAGGUGGUCCAGGGAGGUGAUGCGCACGCAGUACGAGUGGCUCUUCGUGGGCAUGAGCGUGGACAACAAGACUCUGACCGUCUUCGGCAUGGAGCAGGACGUGAUCGUUUAUACGAUCACCAUGAAGAGGAGACCGAUGCUCUACAUCGUCAACUUCAUGCUCCCCGUCCUCUUCUUCCUGGGUCUGGACAUGGCCUCCUUCCUGAUCCCGGACACCGGAGGAGAAAAGCUGAGCUUCAAAGUCACUUUGCUGCUGGCCGUCACCGUCAUGCAGCUCAUGCUCAACGAGAUCCUGCCCUGCUCCUCCAACAAGAUUCCCCUCAUAGCCAUGUACUGCAUCGGCAUCUUUGCACUGAUGCUGCUCAGCCUCCUGGAGACCAUCUUGGUCAUGUACCUGAUGGACAAGGAUGCCGGCAGUGAGGACGCCAAGGCCGGGGAAGACCAGAGCCUGAGUGAGGACUUUAGCGGCCAGGCAGACUCUAAAGGAGGAGGCGAUAAGAAAUGGACGCGUUGUGCGAGCAUCUGCAACGGUCCUGCACGUGAAAACUCAGCUGAACUCAUGAAGGACGGGGAGCAGACCGAGUCCAGAAGCGUGGACGUGAUCUCGGAGGAGACCCGGGAGGUGAUGAGGGCGCUAACCGUGCUUCUCAACAACGGCAAAGAAGCGAGCAAGCCGAGCUACUGGAGCAAAGUCAUCACAAAAAUCCACAGAAUCUUUUUCGCCUUCUAUGUUACUGCUGUGACUUUGUUUCUGGCCGCUAUGAGUUUUAUUUGGCAGAGCAAUCAAGAUGACUGA